AUGGCUGUUCCGUUCAGUUAUGAGCCCGAUCCUGCAGAAUUAAUGAGGAUUCAUUAUAUGCGAAUCCAAAAUCUACUCGUACAACUGAUGAGUCUGCUCAGGCAAACUCCCUCUAUAAUGACCGGUGAUCCUCUCUUCCGAGUCAUCAUUGCAGGAGAGCGCACUCCACCGGCUUUGUUGGAAGAGAGCCGCCGUAUUUGGCUACGGAAUCGGCACAUUGCGGAAGUCCGCCGUCGUGAGCGCCUGCAACAGGAAAUGUCGGAGCGCCGCCGUCGUGAGCGCGAGCAACAGCAACAGCAACCGUUGUUGCCCGACUUGGUCACGUCGUGCUCGCAGUCGGCUGGUCCAUCGCAGUCUGCUGGCCCAUCGCAGUCGGCUGGCCCAUCGCAGUCUGCUGGCACAUCGCAGUCUGCUGGCCCAUCGCAGUCUGCUGGCCCAUCGCAGUCUGCUGAUCCAUCGCCGUCUGCUGGUCCAUCGCCGUCUGCUGAUCCAUCGCAGUCGGCUGAUCCAUCGCAGUCUACUGAUCCACCGCAGUCGCCGCCUCAGCAGCAAUUGCAGGCUCAGCAACAGACCGCGGCCGACGGCGAGGACAGGAUUGCCGGGGCCGUCAAGCUGCAGGUGGCCGUGUGCCCGAGUUGCUAUUACGGCAAAGAGCGCAAGCUGAAGGUGAUCGCCGUCGCCAAGCUGGACGAGAACGGCAAGCCGAUCCGCUGGACCAACCGCGACGACGAAGAACCGGUCGAGAAUAAGAGUUCAGAAGUAAAACGGAGAAUCAUGUCGCUGCUUCAGAAAUCCCGCAUCGAAUCGUCCAUGCUCACAGCCGCGUUCGUAAUCAUCGGCUGGAAGAUGUUCAUCAAACAAUAA